AUGGUCGACAGACUAACCGACCGCAACACCUCGCCCGUCCAACGCACCCAAUCCACCAUCGCCCUCGCCGGCUUCCUCAAACCCUGCCGCAGACCCGUCCUCCGCCACCUCGUCGGCGCCGCCUCCUUCGUCCGCUUCGACAGCAUGCGGAAGGGCGAAGCGAGGGAACGCGACCGGGUCGAGGCCCUGCGCCGGGAAGCGGAAGCGGCUUUCGACCUGCACGACUCCGUCGAGCGCUGGAUGCGCGGCGACGACCCCGUUUUCGGCGUCCCGAGCGAACGGUGGAGGGCGCUGCAUCCGCAGAUGAAUUACCAUUUGCAGAGGAUCAGGCACAGGGAGCAGCAUGAGCUGUGGGGACCGUCUAGGUUGGGGGCUUGUAAGGAGAAGGAUAGGGCUACGAUUGCGUUUCUGAACAGUGGAGGGGAUGCGGAAGAGACGCUUUGGUGGCCGUCGGGUUUGGAGGAGGAGUUUUUGAACGCGCUGAUUUGGCAGUGGAAGGGUGAUACAGACUUCGAAGCUCACACCAAGAUGUCUUCCAGGUCCGCGAUUCAUCAACUGCGCGCCACCCGUUCCAGAGUGGGUUCUUCCUCACAAGCGCACAGCAUGCUAUACGGGUGGACCCCGGAGCCUGAGACCGAACGUGAGCCAGAUCCAUCCGAGGGCCCGCCUUUGAGUGACUUCACGAGAGGUCUUCCGAGACGAAAUCGUGCUCCUAGUGGACGACGACCGUCAGUGUCAAAGCCUACGGAUACAAAUCGGGAAGAAUCACGCCAGAGAAGGCCUUCCUUGGUAGAAAAAUUGCGUGCUGCGGCUGGCCGACGCCCAUCAGAGACCAAGCCCUCAGCGGUGUUUGGCCAGGGAUCGCGGAAAAGAGGGUCUUCCAAGGAUGCUCCUGUUGGCCGACGACUAUCAAAUGCUUCGUUGAUAGCAGCAAAUGAUGCACCAUCUCGAAAACGAGGGCCUUCCUUGGUCGCAAAAGCCAAGGAGAUGGUAAAUCGCCCUCGCACGAAUACCAACGCCGAAUCCUCCUUUCCCCGGCUCACAGACCUGUCUCGUCACGAAAAGUCUGCGAGUGAGAACGAAAAGCGUUGGAAGGAGCCGACUGAUUGGCUAAAGCCAUCGAACUGGUGGAAAAGAAAUCACCCGGCCAUGAACUUUCGUCUCUGGAGGAUCAUACAAAGAAACCCUCUUAACCACUUUGAGUUGCGGGCCUCGGCGGAAAGGAACGUUGAAGCCGCCAGACUUCUCUACGAGCAGAAGGGCGGGUUCAGCGACGAGUGGUGGCCAGAAGAUCUGGAGGAAGAGAUUUUGGACUCUUGGUCUCUGAGUUUUGGCGGCCGCGAUCCCCCUCGUAGUGAAUGGACGCUGCCAGAGUAG